CGGGAAGUUAGUACGGAAAUGCGCGAUGGAGGUUCGUCGGAGAAAAACGAAAACGUCAGACGGCAAACACAGCGCGAAUUUUGACUACAAUGGCAGGGUUAGUGUCACAGAACGCAUUUUCCAGGACGAGAAAAAUGAAGAUCCAUUGUUGGAAACAACUAAUAAGCAGCCAACUAAACAAAAAGUUGAAAAAAUUACAACGGACAAGAUCGUCGACGAGAAAAAAGAAAAAAUUUCACCUAGAGGAUCUCUUAAAGACAAAAUCGAGCCUUUAGUGAUUGAUUCUUCGCCAGCUCGUGUUAGAAUAAAUUUGGAGAUAGAUUUGGUCGCUGUGACUUUAUUACUCGUUGGCCUUGCUACUCGUCUCUAUCGAUUAGAAGAACCUCGAAGUAUUGUAUUCGAUGAAUUGCACUAUGGCAAAUACGUGAGUCUUUAUAUGAAAAGCACAUUUUUUUUUGAUUCGCAUCCUCCACUGGGAAAGCAACUCAUUUCGGCCGCAGCUUAUUUGGCUGGUUUUGACGGACAAUUUAAAUUCGACAGAAUAGGAAGUCCUUACGGAGAGAAUGUUCCUCUCUUCGCACUAAGACUGAUUCCAGCAUUAUGCGGUAGUCUUUUAAUUCCCACCGCUUAUCACUUGGCCCUAGAAUUAGGAUUUAAGCACUGGAGUUCUGCAAUUGUAGGACUAAUGCUACUUUUCGAUAAUGCUCUCUUGACUCAAUCACGUUUCAUCCUCAUGGAAAGCAUUCUGAUACAAUUCUCACUCAUGGGCUUAUUGUGUGUGAUGAAAUUCAGAAAAGUUAUGGAUCGGCCUCUCACUUUUGCUUGGUGGGCCUGGCUCACACUGGCUGCUGUCAAUCUCACUUGUGCUUUAUGUGUCAAGUACGUGGGUUUCUAUUCCUUAUUCCUCGCUCUCGUCCUGAUCGGCCGAGACUACUGGAGUCUGCUCCCAAGAAAAACCCUCUCAAAUCUGGCCCUCUGGGGCCACUUACUCGCCCGGCUCUUCGUCCUCUCAACCGUCAUUUUCUCAGUCUACCUGGGAAUAUUUUACAUCCACUUGUCCCUCCUAACGAAAGCCGGACCUCACGAUUCCGUAAUGACCAGUGCCUUCCAAGCGAGCCUCGAGGGAGGCUUGGCGAGUAUCACAAAAGGCCAGCCGCUGGAAGUGACUCACGGCUCGCAAAUCACUCUCCGUCACACCUACGGAAGAGCUUGCUGGCUACACAGUCACAAUCAAGUCUACCCUCUGCGCUAUCCCGACAAGCGUGGAAGUUCUCAUCAGCAGCAGGUGACCUGCUACUCAUUCAAGGACGUGAAUAAUUGGUGGAUCGUCAAACGGCCGGAGAUCAACGACUUGGUGGUGACGAAACCGAGCGAGCCGAUAAAACACGGCGACGUGAUCCAGCUCGUUCACGGAAUCACGAGUCGGGCGCUGAACUCGCAUGACAUAGCAGCGCCAAUGACACCGCAGAGUCAAGAAAUCUCCUGUUACAUCGACUACAAUGUGUCGAUGCCGGCCCAGAAUUUGUGGCGAGUCGAGAUCGCUAAUCGAGAUCAAUCUGGCAGUGUCUGGCAUGCCAUUCAGAGUCAGGUGCGACUGAUUCAUGUGAGUACGGAAUGCGCGAUGAAGUUUAGUGGGAGGCAGUUGCCGGAUUGGGGAUUCAAUCAGCACGAGGUUGUCGCUGACAGAAUGAUUGAGCAGUCGAAUGCAAUUUGGAAUGUGGAGGAGCACAGGUAUACGAGGAGUGAGGACCAGAAGCAGCGGGAACGGGAAUUGAUCAAUGCGGAGAUGAUACCGCUGAAAGCGACGACUCUAACUUUUUGGGAAAAGUUUCUCGAGUUGCAGAUUAAGAUGCUGUUUGAUGGCCAGGAGGCGCAGAAUAGUCAUAUGUACUCUAGCGGACCUUUGGAGUGGCCACUGAUGACGAGGGGUAUUGCCUAUUGGGUUUCUACUAAAAGCAAUGCACAAAUUCAUUUGUUGGGCAACUUAGCAAUUUGGUAUUCUGGAACGAUUGCCGUGAUUAUUUACUCAGGGCUCUUGAUUUUCUAUUUAAUGCGACGUCGAAGAUUUUGCUACGAUAUUUCCGAGACUGAAUGGAAUAAAUUUGUCACCACGGGUGAAGUUUUAUUAACUGGAUAUUUUUUGCACUACCUGCCUUACCUGUUUGUCGAGAGAACUCUCUUUCUGCACCAUUAUUUGCCCGCAUUUAUCUACAAAGUUUUAUUAACAGCUGGCACUUUAGAUCAUCUUUACUAUUUAAUCAGGGUUCGCUCUAAGCAAAAUAUCUUGUUGUCGAUUUUCAAUACGACGACAGUCGCCUGGAUCGGUUUUAUUAUUUACGUUUUUCGAAAAUUUGCUGCUCUGAGUUACGGAAUGACGCCUCUGAGUGCUAAAGAAAUGUUGAAACUGAGGUGGAGUGAUACCUGGGAUUUCAUUAUCCAUAAAAAUUAAGAACAAUCAUGACAUUUUAUACCCCAAAAAUAUGCGCUCGAUGACAUAUUUUAUUUUUGUGCAUCGUUUUUAAAAAUGCGCAACUUCAAAGGACGUGAUUACUUCUCUUCCGAAAGAGAGAGUAAUAUCGAUUAUGAAUCUAGUUGUAAACAUAUCAUAAUUUUUUGAAGAGAAGAGUACACAGUACUGAAAAUCAGUGAACAAUACUCAAAUAUUGACAUACUCAAACGGAAUAAUAUUCGUACAAAAUGUAAAAUUUAAGAGACAAUGUUUGAGACAUUUUACAGUUUUCAAUCAUUUAUAAUAUUUUUAUUAGGGUUUUAUCGAGAGAGAAAAAAUGUAUUUAUUUAUUAUCUUCCAAUUUUAGUAGAGGGUGUCUAUUCUACCUGGAAAAUCAUGGAAUUUUCAGGAAAUUUUUAUAUACCUGGAAAACUUGCAUGUCAGGACAUUUUUUUUUAGGUCCGGUUUUUUUUUUGGAGUUCGUGAUCAAAUUUUGUUUAAUUCGUGAGAGAAAAUUACAUAAUAAUGUUUAUUCGUUUGUAAAAGUAGCUUUAUAUUACUUGAUUGAACUAUUUU